AUGAAGGCCGCGCCGAUUAUUUCUUGUCUCGCCUCUCUGGCCAAUGCUGCUGUCGUCAGUCUUGACAAAAGGGCGUAUUCCUCGUCUCCUCUUGUUGUUGAAAUUGAGCACGUCGGAAACAGUGAGGUCAAGGCCAGCAUCACCAACACUGGAGCCACUUCUUUGAAGGUGUUGAAGGCUGGAAGUAUUCUGGACGAGUCUCCAGUUGAGAAGUCCAAGGUUUCACAAGGCGAUAGCAAGGUUGCCUUUACUGGUCUGCGCCUAUAUGUUCACACAGAAGAUUUGAGCGACUCUGCCUUCCAAACUAUUGCAGCUGGAGAAACGGUUGAAGUCCAAUGGGACGCGGCUCAAGUGCACGAUCUCAGCACGGGUGGCGACUUCAACAUCACGGCUGCCGGUAGCUUGCGAUACGCCGAAGCGGAUAGUAACAAGAUUGCUGGCCAAGUCUUGUACAACUCCAAUGUUGUCCAAGCUGCCGUCGACGGCGUCAAAGCGGCCAAGGUUCAUACCGCUUUCCGUGCGGCGACGAAGAAUAAGCGGGUUACAGUCCAGAGCGACUGCAGCAGCUCUAAGCAGAGUACUGUUGAUGCCGCUAUCAGCGUUGCCAAGACUUACGCAACAAACGCCGCCGCCGCCGCAACUGCCGGAACCAAUAUGGAGGAGUACUUCAAGUCGACGUCAAGCAGCACCGAGAGCGCUGUCGCGGAGGUCUUUGACACCAUCGCCUCGAGCGUCUUCAACAGCGACUCGAGCGGCGUGGCGCUGUACUGCACGGACAUUGGAAAUGCAUGUUCCGAUGGUGUUGUGGCUUAUACUCAACCGGGAUCUGACGAAUACAUCGUCGUGUGCGACUAUUGGUUCCAGUUUCCCGCGACUGGUUCAACCUGCCAUGUUGCCGACCAGCCUUACGUGUUGAUCCACGAGUCUACUCACCUGACUGAGGUCAAGGGUACCGACGAUGUUUGCUACGGCUACGAGGGCUGUGUCACUGAUAUCAGUGCUUCGGAAGAGCUCGAUAACGCUGACACAUACGCGCUGUACGCGAACUCAAUCGCAGUAGGCUGCUAA